UAUAAGUUUCUGUUUUAAAAAAUUAGUAGCGUAUUCGACUAUUCAAAUCCAAUUUACGCGAUAUCGUAGAAAUCUUCGUUUCGUGGCUCAAUAAUUAAGUGGCAACAACUUAUACACAUCACAACAAAAAAUUAUUAUAAUUUUAUAUCAUAUGGCUACUCCAAAAUCCAAUCAAAAGGAAAGCUGCAAAGAAAUGUUUGGUUAAUUGUGUCGUAGCUGUUAGAAUUUUACAAUAUAAAAUAUGUUUUAUGCACAUUUAAUUUUGGCCAAGAAAGGCCCACUAGCAAGAGUGUGGUUGGCUGCACAUUGGGAUAAGAAAAUAACAAAGGCGCAUGUGUUUGAGACGAAUAUUGAGAAGUCCGUGGAGGGCAUAAUGCAACCAAAGGUAAAAUUGGCGCUUCGCACAUCGGGACAUUUACUAUUGGGCGUCGUUAGAAUUUAUUCAAGAAAAGCCAAAUAUUUGUUAGCGGAUUGUAAUGAAGCGUUUGUUAAGAUUAAAAUGGCCUUUAGGCCGGGAAUGGUUGAUCUACCCGAAGGUCACAGAGAAGCGAAUGUUAACGCAAUUACUCUACCAGAAGUAUUUCAUGACUUCGAUACAGCGUUGCCCGAGUUGAAUGACAUUGAUAUUGAGGCACAAUUUGCUAUAAAUCAAUCCCGAGCUGAUGAGAUCACUAUGCGCGAAGACUAUGGCGGAAGUUUGUCGCUUUCCAUCCACGACGACGGCUUUGGCGAUAUGGGCUUUGAAGGUGAUACUCCUGAUUUGAUUCGUGGUCCGAUUGAUGCAAAUAUAGACGACCAGCUUUUCGGAGAUGGCGGCAUGGCAGACGUUACUCUAGUAGAUGAACCUAAGAUAACUUUGAACGACUCAGACUUGGCCAAUUCCCGUUUGGACGGGGAUGGUUUUGGAGAUGAAUUUGGACAACCUGAACUUUUUGAAGACGAUCUAUUUGCAGAGCCUCCAUUAGACACCAGCGAUAAUAACCUGAAAGCUGCUAUAGGUGCCGCGCAAGAGUCAGAUGACGAUGGUAUGGAUCAUAUGGAUAUUAGACCGCCAUCAGUGGCAUCAAGUUGUGAACAUGUUUCUGAGGUACAUGAAAUUGAGAAAGAAACUCGUAAAGAAGAAGAAGCCAAUGAGGCUAUAGACAAUGCGAAAGAAGAUGAAAAUCCUUUAGAUCAAUCAACUUUGCUGCAAAAUGAAGACGAGAGCUUCGCUCUGGCUCCUGUAGAUGCUUCUGCUUACAAAGGUGUGACGAAAGCUAAACGCAAACGUAAACUUAUUGUAGACGAAGUUAAAAACAUAUCCGGCGAGGAAAUGAAGGCGCAACUUGCAAACACUUCCGAUAUUGUGACGACAUUAGAUUUGGCUCCACCAACAAAGAGAUUGACUUAUUGGAAAGAAACUGGUGGUGUGGAAAAACUAUUUUCUCUACCGUCUCGAACUAUACCAGCACGCGCGCUAUUUACGAACUAUCAUCGUCAUUUACAAUCACGCAAUUCGGCACUGGAAGAUUUCUCCAUACUUGGACCAUCAGAUUUAUUGGCUAUAGAGCAUAUACAAAAUGAGAAUGAUGCAAAUAUAAUUAAUAGCAAACGUGGGCGCAAACGAAAACAUGAAAUACCAGCCGUACAACAGAAUAUGGUGGACGUUACAGCACAGAGUCUUGCAGCACCCGAACCUGUACGCGAACACGAACAGAGUGCCGCUCAAGCUCAGUUCUCUUUGACCGACAAUUUAUUACCGCCCGCAGAGAACUUAUUGUUUGAUAAUAUGCGCAGUCCCAGUCGUAUGUUGAGUAUGACUGAUAUAAAUGGUCUAGACAAUUUAACGGCACUCCAUGAUUUACCUCUGACGCCGGGUAAUAUUCAUCAGGGCAUUGAUGCAUCCGAUGACUUCAAUCAUGGUGAUGCGACACCGGCAGGACUACAUCAUGGAUAUCAAACUCCUCAUCAUUCCGGUAUUGAAAACAUAGAGAACCUACCCAAUCUACCGCCGGAUCAAGUGUCGUCUAUAUUGCAAGAAGCUGAAAACAUGCCAAUUAUACAACAAGAAGCGCAACCAAACAAAACACAACGCACCAGUGAUAUAUCAACUGAUUGGAAUGAUUACGACUUACCACCACCACCGCCACACCCAGCUGAAGAGCAAUUGGAGAAUGAAACCGAUGAACAAUUUGAAGAGCGUGUACUCAAUAAGAGAGCUGCCCAAUUAUUCUACACGGUCAAGUCGCGUUUACUCAAGCAGGAUUGCCUAAUAUUGUCAGCAUUAACUGUAAACAAUACCAGGAAGCAGGCGGCUCAGAAAUUUUAUUCGCUACUUGUGCUAAAAAAGUUUCGAGCACUCAACAUUCAACAGACUCAGCCAUAUUCAGAUAUAGAGAUAUCACGAGGACCAAUGUUUGAAAAUCCGAAAUUAUAAAGCAUGCACACAUUUAUUUUCAUUAUGAUUAUUAUUAUUAUUAUUAUGUAUACUUUAUGUAACGAAUUCAAAUUCGGUUUUAAAUCGUAAUUUUCAGUAUGUAAAUAAUAAAUUAUUUUUAUAUAAAUAAAUAUUAUUGUAUAAAAAUUUAA